AUGACAGGUGAAGCCACAGAUUCAACUCAACGAGUGGGUAUACCAAGUUCAGCAAGCUCGGUAGGUAACAAUGGACAAGGUAUUGACUAUAAUCAUCCCCUAUUUCUUAGCCCCACAGAUGUGAGUGGUAUAAGCAUCAUCUCGUUCCAGUUGCAAGGUAUUGAAAACUACACCUUGUGGAAUCGGUCAAUCAAAUUAGCAUUGUUAGGUAGAAACAAAUUAGGGCUUGUGGAUAGAAUGUGCAGGAAAGAAAUGUAUGGUGAAGAACUGUGGUGCCAAUGGGAAAGAGCAAAUGCAAUUGUGUUGUCAUGGCUUCUGAAUUCAGUCUCGAAGAGUUUGUUGAGUAGAAUUGCGUUUGCAUCGAAUGCUUCGAGUGUGUGGACUGACCUGCAAGAAAGGGGCCACACCAAAGAAUCCUGCUACAAGGUAGUGGGGUAUCCUCCAGAUUUCAAGUCAAAAAGAAAGGCUCAGAGUGCAAACAUGGUCUAUGCAGACACCAAUAGCCUUACAAAUCAAUCUCAGCAGUCAGGUCAGACUAACUUCUCUUAUGGCUUGAACACAAAUGUGACUGAUGAAGCUUUGUGGAGUAGGAAUAGCACAGUACAGCAUACUGCAGACAAAUCACCAACCACUAAUUCUAACAAGGCAGCUGAGAGAGAGAUCAAACAACUACUUCAGGGUUGUACAUUUACAAAAGAUCAGUAUGAACAAAUUCUUAUGAUGAUGAAUCAACAGUCUGGUUCAAGAGCCAAUGCACCUGAUUGCAAUAAGGCAAACAAUGCAGGUAAGGCUCUAUGUGUAACUGAAACUAGUGAUGUGUGGAUAGUGGAUACAGGGGCAAUAAACCAUAUGGUGUCUAAACUACAGAUGCUACUAACGGAAUCUGUCCUUCAACUUAACACUCCUAAGGAUGUGUGCUUACCAAAUGGUGGUAUCACUAAAGUAACUCAUAUUGAUUCUUGUAGUCUACCAUCUAAAAGUUUGAUUACUAAUAUGUUCCAUAUUCCAGAAUUCAAGUAUAACUUGAUGUCUGUCAGUAAAAUAACCAAGGAAUUGGGCUGCUCUGUCUCCUUCUUCCCUGAUUUCUGUGUUUUUCAAGAACUCUACACUGGGAAGGUGAAGGAAGUUGGUAGAGAAGAGGGGGGUCUGUAUCUGCUAUGGAACCCAUUCACUCAAAGUGAUGCAAGUAAGGCUAAGGAAUCUGCAUACUCUGUUGAUGUUGGUUCUUCCACAGACAAGGAAUCAGAUAUAGAGCUAUGGCAUAAAAGGCUAAGACAUGUGUCUUCAGCUGUACUGGCCAAGAUGUUCAAUAUCAAUAAAUAUACUAAGAAUCAGUUUGACAAGGUGGUCAAGGUCUUAAGGUCUGAUAAUGGUACUGAAUUUGUGAAUUCAGUAUGUGAUAAUAUGUUCAAAACACUAGGUAUUAUCCAUCAAAGGUCUUGUCCAUACACUCCUCAACAAAAUGGAGUGGCUGAGAGGAAACACAGACAUCUACUAGAAGUAACCAGAGCCCUCGGGUUUCAAGCAAAAAUACCUAUCAGAUUUUGGGGUCAUUGUGUCCUAGCAGCUGCUUACCUGAUCAAUAGACUUCCUAACAGUGUGCUUCAGUUCCAAUCUCCCUAUGAAAGAUUGUAUGGCAAAAAACAAGGUUUAUCUCAUUUAAGAACCAUUGGUUGCCUAGCUCUAGCCAAGAAUCUCACUGAACAUGACAAACUCAUGCCCAGAUCAAAGUCAGCUGUGCACAUGGGGUACUCUGAAGUGCAAAAAGGCUAUAUCCUGUUUGACUUGCACAAUAACUCAUUCUUUGUCAGCGGGGAUGUUCAGUUUAGAGAAGCCAUAUUUCCAUUUGCCAAGGCUGAUGGUCCAGCCACCCAGCAACUGUUUGUAGAUAACCUACAAGGUCUAGGUGAGAUAGUUCCACAAGUUCAACUAUCCCCAUUCAUAAUACCAGGUACUGCUCCAUCUGUACUUUCUGAAGAGGCUACAUAUGGGCAUCCAGAUGCUGGUGAACAAGAGUGUGUGUCUACACAACCACACCCUAUUACAAGUGAUACUGAUGUGUCUGGGCCACCUCUUACUAGAAGAUCUGCUAGGUCCAAACAUCCUCUCAUAUGGCUGAAGGAUUUUGUCUCUCUGAAUGUUAAACAGGAUGUUCAAUAUCCUCUAUCCAACUAUGUAAGCUACUCUCAUCUGUCACCUUCUCAUCAGUGCUUUAUUGCAGCUACAUCCUCUGUGAUAGAACCUACCAGCUAUGCUGAAGCAGUCAAAGACCCAAGAUGGGUUGAAGCUAUGCAGACAGAGAUCCAGGCCUUAGAAAACAACAAUACGUGGGAAGUUACUUCUUUACCUGCAGGGAAGAAACCUAUUGGUUGCAGAUGGAUCUACAAGGUUAAAUACAAAUCCACAUGUGAAAUAGAGAGGUUCAAAGCCAGGCUAGUAGCAAAAGGAUACAGCCAACAAGAAGGGAUUGAUUACAAAGAAAUAUUUUCUCCUGUUAUGAAGAUGGUGACUGUCAUGGUUGUUCUUGCCAUGGCAGCUUCCAAGAACUGGCACAUCCAUCAGAUGGAUGUCUUCAAUGCUUUUCUACAUGGAGACCUAGAGGAUGAAAUAUAUAUGCAGCUGCCUCAAGGAUUUGUCAAUCAAGGGGAGAAUAUAUGUAGACUAACAAAGUCCCUUUAUGGACUCAAACAAGCUCCAAGGCAGUGGAAUCACAAACUUACUGAGGCUCUUAUUUCUCUCAAGUUCAAAUAA